AUGGCGCCUACUUCUCCAUUCAAGGUGAUUGUCGUUGGUGGGGGUCCAGCUGAUCUCACCGCUGCUCACACCCUGUACAAGGCCACCAUUGACUUCGUCGUCCUGGAACGCAGGCAAGAAGUCGUAAUCGAUGAGGGUGCCAGCCUCGUCCUCGGUGUCGAUACCCUAAGGAUCAUGCAUCAGCUCGGUCUGCUGGACAAGCUGAAGGCGAUCUCCAGCGAAUUGCUAAUCUUGGAAAAGUACACCGUUGACAGCACGCAGUUUACGACUCUCCGCCACUUUGAAUCCAUGAGACCCUCUUUCGGCUCCGGGCCAAGAACUUUCCAUCGGGCCGAACUCAUUAGAACCCUCUACGACGAAUUGCCUCCAAGCGCCAAGGCCAAAGUUCUCACUGCAAAAGGAGUCACGGAGAUUGAAUCUGACGAGAACGGUGUCUGCGUUACUUGCGCAGACGGAAGCGUGUACGCGGGAUCCAUCGUCAUGGGUGCCGACAGUGCGCACAGCAAGACACGCCGCCUGAUGGCAGACCUCUCGCAGGGCCCAAACAUGGCCAAGUCGCCCUACACGAUUAACUACCGCUGCUUUUGGUGCAGCUUCCCCAAGCAGACUCCCAUAUCUGACAUCUCUACCGAGACGCAGGACCAGGACCGCUCAGUCAUGUACCUCACCGGCACGGAACGCUCCGCCGAAGAGGCUGAUGCCUUUGCUACACAAUUUUUCGACUUUCCCAUCAUGCGCUCCCUCAAGGUCGGCGAUGUCGUCCGCCAAAGCUUUACCAAAGGCAUGGCAGACAUAGAGGAAGGCAUCGUGAAACACUGGUCCUGGGGCAGAGUUGUCCUCGUCGGAGACGCCUGCCACAAAUUCACUCCUAACGCCGGCCUGGGACUGAACAAUGGUGUGCAAGGUAUUGUUGUCUUGCUCAACGAGCUGCGCCGGACCAUCGAAGCAGUAAGCGAUGGCCAACCCUCGCUGGAAAAGCUGACAAAGGCCUUUCAAAAGUACCGAGUUCUCCAGAUGAAACCGCGGCAGGCAAAUGCGACACGCUCAGCGCAGACCAUUGGGGUGCAGACUUGGGCCAACUGGGGCUACUACAUAUUUGGGCGCUAUCUCAUGCAGUCCAAGCCGUUGCAAUGGCUGUUCAACAGGUUCUUGAUCCCAAAGAGCAUCCAGGAAUCAAGGGUCUUGGACUACGUGCGCACCAACGAAUGCUUCACCGGAACCAUUUACUUGGACGCACCCACUGAGUGCGUAGACCUUGCAUAG